CCUAAUUAUUUCACUGAUAAAAUGGCGAAAAUAUAGGGUUGUGGAUUCAAUUGCUGUACAAAUCACAAAAUAUUCUGAUUCCUGAUUCAUGGCUUCUGCUCCAACAAGCUCAGACCUCCACUGCCAUUGCGAAUCUGCCCGCAAAAGGAAUUGCACGAUUUGAAUCUAAACCCUAAUUUCCCCGCUGAUGUGCUUUUGGCCGCGAAUUUGAAUCUCUAGCACUGAAUCUCGGAUUUGGAUUCUGGAACACUGAUUUUCCCCCUUUUCACCUGUUAUUGUUGGAACAUUUGCUGUGAUUGUCGGUUGGAAGUGAAGAAAUCGGGAAUGGAGAGAUCUAGAUCUAAGAGAUACUAUUAUGACCAGGACUAUGAAUCUGAAACCCUACACUCGCGGAGCAAGCCGCGCUACGGAAGCAAUUCUUCACACGGUGGAGGUGGAGGAGGCCACCAUUAUGCACCGAGCUACCGCCGCUCCUCAUCCUCCUCCGGUGGAGGAGGAGGGAGAAAGCUGCCGGAACAGGUGAUGGGGACGACGAACUACCGGAUUCUGUGCCACGAUGUGAAGGCAGGGGGAGUGAUUGGGAAAUCCGGGAGUAUAAUUAAGGCGAUUAGGCAGAACACUGGGGCGUGGAUCAAUGUGCACGAGCUGGCUCCUGGGGAUGAGGAGAGGAUUAUCGAGAUAUCUGACAACCGGGGGCGGGCUGCGGGCGGGAGGUUACCGUCGUUUUCGCCUGCGCAGGAGGCGUUGCUUAUGAUACAUGAGAGGAUUUUGGAGACGGAUGGGGAAGGAGGAGGGUAUGGGCAUAGUGAUGGCUUUGUGGAGGAUGAGAAUGAUGAGUACGGAGGCAGAGGAGGAGGCGGUGGUGGUGGUAAUAGAGUUGUGACGAGGCUGGUGGUUUCGCGUAUGCACGUGGGGUGUUUGAUGGGGAAAGGAGGGAAGAUAAUUGAGCAAAUGAGGAUGGAGACGAAUACACAUAUUAGGAUUUUACCGCGAGAUCAUACUCUGCCACGUUGUGUUUCCAUGUCUGAGGAGAUUGUUCAGGUGGUUGGUGACAUGAAUGCUGUGAAAAAUGCUCUAGAAAUCAUUUCGUCUCGCUUGAGGGAAAGCCAACAUCGUGAUAGAAGCCAUUUUCAGAACAGAGUGCAAUCACCUGACCAUUUCUAUCCUCCAGAUGAUGAUUUCCAUGUCAACAAUAGACGAUCCUCUGCAGAAAGGCCUAGUUUUGGAUCUAGAUAUUCUGGUGGUUCCCGGAACAACAACUAUUCCUCACGCUCAUCUGGAUUUUCCCACGAGUCCAGACCUGCUAGUGUAUCUGAUAAUGCUCGAUCAUUUCCUGGCGAGGAACUUGUGUUUCGCAUACUAUGCCCUUUUCGUAAGGUUGAUUUUGUUGUUGGGGAGUCGGAUGGAAUUAUUGAUUUGCUUCACAAUGAAAUAGGUGUCAACAUUGAUGUAUCUGAUCCAGUUUCUGGAUUGGACGAGCUUAUAAUAAUCAUAUCAUCUGAUGAGGGUCCUGACGACGAGUUGUUUCCUGCCCAAGAAGCUUUAUUACAUAUACAAACUCGCAUUGUUGAUCUUAUUCCAGAAAAAGAAAAUAUUGUUACAACUCGGCUGCUUUUACAGUCAGACGAAAUCGGUUCUCUGGCUGACAUAGGUAAAAUCAGUGGUGCGAGUGUAGAGAUUCUGCCGAGAGAACAACGUCCCGUGGGUGUAUCAGGGAUGGAUGAGAUUGUACAGAUAGUUGGGGAGAUCACAGCUGCUCGAGAGGCUCUAGUGGAGGUGACAGCAAGGAUUCGGAGUUACAUAUAUCGUGAGUUUCAUGAGAAGGAUGAACCUGUCUCUCGUAUUUCUGCUCCUAGCCCUGUCAAUGGUGGUGUGGAACCAGAGACAGCUUCAAGAAACAACGGACCUCAAUAUGUCGAAAUGCAUGCUGGAAAUGGCCAUGCUCUUUCGACCCCUCAUAGUUUCUCAACCACUACAACAUCACAAAAAGUAAAGGAUGUGGCCUCCACACCCUCAAAUGCUGAUCCAGUGAAGCAAAAUGAGAGUGAGCGACGCGAAGAUCAUCAGCCCAGUAUAUUGAAUAGAAUAUCUGUACCACUCGUGACAAGAAGCAUACUGGAAGUCGUCAUUCCACCCCAUGCAGCAUCCGAACUUGCCAAGAAAUCAAGAAAGCUCGCUUUGAUCAGUGAGCUAUCCGGAGCAACCGUGAAACUGGUAGACGACGGACCAGAAGCAACAGAGAAGGUAAUUCAAAUAUCAGGUACCCCAGAGCAAGCAGAGAGAGCCCAGAGUUUACUUCAAGGAUUCAUCUUGAGCACUGAAGAUGGGUAGGCAUGAUGAGUGUAAGGUGGGACACAGCAACAAUUUUCGUGGAUAAUCUGAGUGAUUAGGGUGGUGUGUAGCAGAAUGUAAGGAAAUGUGAUUUAGUUGUUUGGAACUUAAUGAUACUAUACAUUUGAGGAAUCCUCUUUCUUGUUUGUUGUUGUUAUGUUAAGCCAUGAUUGCUGCUA